AUGGGUUAUCGAAAUACGUUACCCGUCAUUAUUGUCCGAACCGCAAUACUUAUCCCCACAUUUAUCCUUGGCUGUCUUUGUAUAGUGUUUACACAAUGGGUCAGUUUAAUUCUUUUUAGAAACUCUCCAUCAACGACAAAUUCCAUUAUCGGCACAACAAAGACCCACUUCGUCAUCCUAUUGGGGCUUCUUACAUCGAUAGUUAACCCAUGCAAGAUUGCAGUCACAGUCGAUGUUGAUUCAGUACCACAUAGUCAACAAUUCAAAGUUGACUCGUCGUUAAACUUGCACACUUUUCUUGACCCCAACUCCGUCAUUAUUUCCAACCACCAAAUCUAUACUGACUGGUUAUUUCUUUGGUUCUUAACAUAUACGUCCAACUUGAGUAACGCAGUAUUCAUCAUCCUCAAGGACUUAUCCAAAAUCCCCGUUUUGGGCUAUGGAAUGACCAACUUCAACUUUCUUUUCCUUUCGCGCAAAUGGGCAAAGGACAAGAUUGUGUUGACGAAUCAGUUAUUGGAGAUAGAUGCCAAUGCCAGAGGAUUGGGUCCAGCAAAUGGAGUACAACUCGUGUCCAGUAAGAGCACCUCAGCAGACAUUGACAUCAAGAAAUGGCCAACAGGAAAAAACCCACGCAAGGAUCAAAAACUUUGGCCCUACGAGUUGAUUUUGUUCCCUGAAGGUACCGUUCCUUCCGAUAGAACAACAAAGAAAUCGGCAGAAUAUGUGCUAUCCAAAGGGUACCCACCAUUGAAACACGUGCUAUUACCUCGUGUGCGAGGCUUAUUUUUGGCACUCAAGAAAUUGCGAAACUCGGUUGAGGAAGUUUACGAUAUCACCACUGCUUAUUCAGAUUUGAAAGCUGAUGAAUAUGGAGAAAUCAAGUUUUCGUUAAAGAACUUUUACUUGAGGGGAUAUGGACCACCAGUAAUCAAUUAUUUUAUUCGUGCUUACAAGAUCAAAGACAUCCCCUUGGGAGAUGAGGAUGAGGACGACAUUGACGAAACCUCAGAUGAAAGCUUACAAAAGUUUGAAAAGUGGCUAUUGAAGAUAUGGUAUGAAAAGGACGAGUUGAUGAACAACUUUUAUGAAACAGGUGAAUGGAAUGCCAAUGCAUAUGACACACGAACAGUAAUUGGCGAUUUCAAAUUAAAGAACAAAUGGGAAAUUGUGAGACCAUACUUGCCAAUCUCGACUUUGGCAUUGUUUUUGUAUUUUACUUAUCGCUUUGUAAUUGUCCUUAUUAAAUCUAGACUGGGCAGUGCAUAG